CCCUUCCCUUCACUAGAUCACCUUUCUAUAGAGAAGCUAGAGAACGUAUAGUAUAGUAGCUAUAUAUCAUUAUUUGCUUCUUCUCACUAUAGCUAGCUAUGGCAUCCCAUUCUAUCACUAGUAGUAUCUUCAUCAUCUUCCUCAUCCUUAGCGUCACAUAUACCGAUGCAUGCGGUAAAUGCACACCCACGGUUCCAGCGCCACCUAAGAAUCCCCCGGCAAACCCCUUUUGCCCUAGGGACACCCUAAAGCUAGGGGUGUGUGCCGACGUUCUUGGUUUGGUCAAUGUAGUCGUUGGAACCCCUUCAUCGAGCAAAUGUUGUGCCUUGCUUGAGGGUUUGGUUGAUUUGGAAGCUGCAGUUUGCCUUUGCACUGCCAUCAAGGCCAAUAUUUUGGGAAUCAACCUCAAUGUUCCAAUCUCACUAAGCUUGUUGCUUAGUGCUUGUGGCAAGACCAUUCCACCAGGCUUCAAGUGUGAAUAAUCAAGUAUAUUAUAUAUAUUAUAUAUAUAUAUGUUUGAUUCGAUCGUUUAAUUCAUUAAUCAUUUUUAAUUAUGCGGGUUUAUAUAAUUGAAUUAAACCCGAAAUAAAAAUGAAAAUGUAUUAAACGAUCGAAUAAACAUUCAUUAUAAUUUUUAUGUUUGAAUUGUGAAGUGAUGUUGAUUUAGGUUUCCAUAUGCAUGCACUUCUCUAUUUCUUUCUUUCUUUCCUUUUUUUUUUUUUGGUUUUUUUUCUUUAAUUAUUGAGGUAUUGUAUGUUUGGAUCUUGUGUCAAUAACUAGGCAAUAAUUAUUGCCUAAGUGUGAUGUAAUGAUUUAUUUAUCAUAAUUUCAUUGGUUUGAUAUUGAAAUUCAUCAAUUACAUUAAGAUUUA